GGUACCGUUCACAUCGUGACCUGGAAGAAGAAAUCGUGGUAAAAGUGCUCCCUAGCUGUUAGUAGCUUUCUGACUUAGAACAGAAGUUGCAUUUUUUGGUGAAUGUUUCUUCUUGAGGUGUUAGCAUUUUUGAGAAGCAGAUGGAAUAAUUUUUGAUGCUAAGUGUUUGUGGGAUUUAAAAAUUGUUCUUAAAGUGUUCGAAUGGAAAGUUCAGCAACCCAAAAAAAUCUUGGCUAAAUAUAAUAAUAAAGUGAAUUAAUUCUGGAUUUUGGUGCAUAUAUUGAAGAUUACUUAUUGAACAAAUAUUUGUGAAAAUUCUCGAAUUGUGCAACAUUUUGUGAAUAUUCGACUUGAAGUGGAAAUUAUGUCACGUGUCACACGCUUGCUGCUGUAGAAGCACGAAUCAGAAAAAAAAAUCUUUUGAAUCGUAACAAGUUGUGGAGAUGAAAGUGGAUGCUUGAAAGAAGACAAAAGUACAAUUAAUGAGUUAACUUUGGUGCUUUCGACGGCGGCGGUGUCAUCGGAAUCUUCGCCGAGAGUGGUUUUCUGUUUACCGCAGGGGUGAUAUUUUGCGUAACAAGAAUACAUUGUGGUUCUGUUUCAAGUGUGGGGAAGCUCAUUGUUGGACCGAAAUGAAGAAAUGUGAACAAUUUGUGGAAAAAUUAGGUGCAAUGAAUGUGCUCGUUUCUGGCAAAUACUGGUGAGAUCAGUAAUUCCUGCGGACAGCGUUUUUCGGAGAAUUUUGUUGUGGGACACAUUGCUGAGGAAACUUGUGCUAAAGCAAAGAAGCGGCGGACCUUGAAAAGGUCAACGAUCAUAUCAAAAUCACCAACAAGUUUGUGUCCCGUGUCAUCUCUCUUUUUCGAUGGUCGUUCACCGGAACCAAUUGCAAGUGUCAUCGAUAGCAAUUAAGCGUGAUUGAAGAGAGUUGUCUUGCUAACGACACAGAAAAAAGGAACUCAUCAUCGUGCGAAUGAAGGUUUCCAUCUGGAACGGUAUCCUGUGGUGUAGUCGUUUCCAGUAGAUGGGUUUCAAUCGGGAAAAUUGAAGGUGCAGUGUGGACUUCGUACGCUGGCAGCACACGGAAGCGGUGCAGGCGGGGGUUUAAAUUCGCAAUCUGACUGUUAAGUGAAGUGGAGAGCAUUAUUGUUAAGUGAAUGAUCGGAGAAGGUGCCACAAAAUGAUGUCACAACACUUGAACUCGAUGCUGGAGCAUCUGAAAAUGGGCUCGCUGAUGAACAAAGGCCAGCGGAGCAACACGGGCAAUGGAACCGUCACCAAUCACAUCGGCAACGGGUUCAACAACAACACUAUCAACACGGGAUUGGGCACAAACAACAAUAAUAACAACAGCGUUACGAGCGUUCAGUCACCGGAAAACAACGGAUUGGUCGACGGAUCUACAAUUUUCGACGAGCACCGUGUUGAUGCGGUCAAGGCAGUGAUAGGCUCAAAAGCUUCCAACGCAAACGCCGUCACCUUGAAAACCGAUCAAGUGGCCAAUAAUCAGCAGAAUAAAUCUAAUAACACACUAUCGGACGGUCCGACCACUGCUCCUGCAACGACCCACAGCAAGUACGACCCGACCCGUAAACGAUGCAGCAUCUCGGUGCACGGUCAGCACAAUUAUCCGGGCGGCGGCUCUAACGGGGAUGCCAUCAGACCCGGUGGGGGUAGCAUCCGUGAACUAUCGCCCCAAUCGCUGCGAAUACACCGGAAGUCCUCGCAUGACAUUCGCAUCCUGGGUGCGGACGGGGAAAUGCUGCUGCACGAGGGUGCCGGCAAGAUGCCAACCGUGGUGAAACCGAUCAAACUGAAGAGCAUCACCACCAAGGCGGAAUCGUACGACACGCUGCACGGACGCGCCACUGACGUGAUGCACUGCUCCAGGGAUGUCUGCAUGGGUAGCAUGAUGUUUCCGAACACAAUCGGGACCGAAACGAGAAAACCAGAUAUCGUCCUGCAGCACGCCAAGGAGUUCCUGGAUCAGUACUAUUCAUCCAUUCGAAGGCUGAAAUCACCCGCCCACGAAGCUCGCUGGCAGCAGGUGGAGAAGGAAGUGGACUCUACUGGGUCCUACCAUCUGACCGAGACGGAGCUGAUCUACGGGGCGAAGUUGGCGUGGCGCAAUUCGUCCCGCUGUAUCGGACGGAUACAGUGGUCCAAGCUGCAGGUUUUCGACUGCCGCUACGUAACCACCACCAGCGGAAUGUUUGAAGCAAUUUGCAAUCACAUCAAGUAUGCCACCAAUAAAGGCAACCUCAGAUCGGCCAUAACGAUAUUUCCGCAACGGACGGACGGCACGCACGACUACCGAAUCUGGAACUCGCAGCUCAUCUCCUACGCUGGCUACAAGGGCCAAGACGGUAAAGUUGUCGGGGACCCGAUGAAUGUCGAAUUCACUGAUUUCUGCAUCAAGCUGGGAUGGAAAAGCAAACGGACCGAGUGGGACAUUAUGCCGCUGGUGGUUUCAGCUAAUGGUCAUGAUCCGGACUAUUUUGACUACCCCACGGAGUUGAUCCUGGAAGUGCCCUUCAGCCACCCGCAGUACAAAUGGUUCGCCGAAAUGGGCCUUCGCUGGUACGCAGUGCCGGCCGUCUCUGGGAUGCUGUUUGACUGCGGUGGCAUUCAGUUCACGGCCACGUCCUUCAGUGGGUGGUACAUGUCGACGGAAAUCGGCUGUCGAAAUCUGUGUGAUAUCAACCGGAGGAAUCUACUAGAGCCCAUCGCAGUAAAAAUGGGACUGGACACACGGAACCCAACCUCGCUGUGGAAAGACAAGGCCCUGGUGGAAAUCAAUAUCGCAGUGCUGCACUCGUUUCAGAGCCGAAAUAUUACUAUCGUGGACCAUCACACGGCCAGCGAGAGCUUCAUGAAGCACUACGAAAACGAAACCAAAUUGAGAAACGGCUGCCCUGCGGACUGGGUAUGGAUCGUACCGCCAAUGUCCUCUUCCAUCACGCCCGUUUUCCACCAGGAGAUGGCGUCAUAUUAUCUUCGACCAUCGUUCGAGUACCAGGAAUCGGCACUAAAAACGCACAUUUGGAAGAAGGGACGAGAUUCAUCUAAAAACAAGAAACCUCGACGGAAAUUCAACUUCAAACAAAUUGCAAGGGCCGUCAAAUUUACAUCGAAAUUGUUCGGACGGGCGCUAUCACGACGGAUCAAGGCAACGGUCCUCUAUGCAACCGAAACCGGACGCUCGGAACAGUAUGCAAAGCAACUGGUGGAACUGCUCGGACAUGCAUUCAAUGCACAGAUCUAUUGCAUGUCAGACUACGACAUUUCGUCUAUAGAGCACGAGGCGCUUCUGCUUGUGGUGGCAUCCACUUUCGGCAACGGAGAUCCCCCCGAAAAUGGCGAGGGAUUUAAGAAACACUUGAUUGAGUUACAGAAGAAAAUGCUCUUCGCCCAGGACUUGUACGCGAUGAAACUGCACGAAGGUGGCCACAGUCAGGUGCACAGCGAGCUCAGCAUUGCGGCCUCGUCGAAGUCGUUCAUCAAAGCCAACUCCCGCAGCGACAUGGGUAAGCUCGGACAGAACAAUCGGAAAAUUGACCGCCUGGACUCGCUGCGGGGUUCCACGACGGACACCCUGUCGGAGGAAACGUUCGGACCGCUGUCCAAUGUGCGGUUUGCGGUGUUCGCUCUGGGGUCGUCCGCUUAUCCGAACUUUUGCGCGUAUGGGAAGUACAUCGAUAACAUUCUCGGCGAGCUGGGGGGCGAACGGCUGAUGAAGAUGGCCACCGGAGACGAAAUUUGCGGACAGGAGCAAGCGUUCAGGAAGUGGGCACCGGAAGUGUUUAAGAUUGCAUGCGAAACAUUCUGCUUGGACCCAGAAGAGACCCUAUCGGAUGCUGCAUUCGCCCUGCAGAGUGAGCUUUCGGAAAAUACGGUCCGCUUCGCUCCGGUCAACGAGUACGAACGGCUGGAUGUGGCGCUAUCGAAGUUCCACAACAAGAAAGCAACCGAGUGCACGCUGAAGCGGAAGGCAUUGAAUUUGCACGAAGGCGCCAACGGCAGCGAACGGUCAACGAUUCUGGUGGAGAUCGUGGCGGAAGGGAUCGCUUACGAACCAGGUGACCACGUGGGUAUCUUCCCUUCCAACCGUCCGGAAAUCGUUGACGGGAUAAUAAAACGACUGUCGGGUGUUGAGAAUCCGGACGAAAUUCUCCAACUGCAGGUUUUGAAGGAGAAACAGACACAGAAUGGUGUGUACAAAUCCUGGGAACAACACGAACGGCUUCCCAUAUGCUCUCUCCGUACGCUUCUCUCCCGGUUUUUGGACAUCACGACACCGCCUUCGCGACAACUUCUCACAUUCUUGGCUAACUACUGCGAGGACAAAACGGAUGAGGAGCGACUUCAGAUGUUGGCCAAUGAGUCAUCCGUCUACGAAGACUGGCGCUACUGGAAGCUUCCGCAUUUGCUAGAAGUUUUGGAGGAAUUCCCAUCAUGCAAACCACCAGCAACGGUUCUGGUGGCACAACUGAACGCACUCCAGCCUCGGUUCUACUCGAUAUCCUCUUCACCGCGACAAUAUUCCAACGAAAUCCACCUAACGGUAGCCAUUGUCACUUAUCGAGCGGAAGAUGGCGAAGGAGCUGAACAUUAUGGUGUCUGCUCCAAUUACUUGGCCAAUUUGGAUGGAGAUGAUAAAAUGUUUUUGUUUGUCAGAAGUGCUUCAUCCUUCCAUAUGUCAAAGGACCCCAGUAAACCAGUGAUUUUGAUCGGCCCUGGAACAGGUAUUGCACCAUUCCGUUCCUUCUGGCAGGAGUGGAGUAACAUGAAGCAGACAUUGCCAGACACACAGAUUCCAAAAGUAUGGCUGUUCUUCGGUUGCCGAACCAAGAAGGUUGAUCUAUACCGUGACGAAAAGGAAGAUAUGCUACAAAACGGUAUUCUUGAUCGAGUUUUCUUGGCACUCUCUCGGGAAGAGGACAUUCCCAAGACCUACGUUCAGGACCUAGCCCUCAAGGAAUCGGACUCGAUCUUCAACCUGAUCUGGAACGAAAAAGCGCACAUCUACGUCUGCGGCGAUGUCACGAUGGCCGAGCACGUGUACCAGACUCUGAGGCGCAUUCUCGCCGCCAAACUGAACAAAACCGAAUCGGAAAUGGAGAAGUACAUGCUGUCGCUGAGGGACGAAAACCGCUACCACGAAGACAUUUUCGGAAUCACCUUGCGGACGGCGGAAGUGCACAACAAGUCACGUGCCACGGCUCGUAUUCGGAUGGCAUCGCAGCCGUCGUAAUUUGCCACAACCUACGGCAAUUCGUUGAAUGGUGUGCUAUCCGAGAGAUGAAACAAACCGAUCAAAGCAUGGAAAUUGAAUACGAGUCAUACGAGGUCAAUACGCAUAAGAUGCUUAAAACAUAAUUCGUUCACUUUUGCGAUGGAUAUCUAGUUUAUAAACGCCAACUUGUAGAUUGAGAAUCCGCUUGUUUAAAAAUUUCAUGGAAUCAAUUUCCUAAUCACUUGUACUUAAGGGGAAACGCCUAAACCAAUGUUUGAAUAACCGCACGAAUUCAAAAUCUACAAAUCUGAAGAAAGAAAUAAUGCUAUUUUUCUUUUUUUGUUGCAUUGAAUUCGUGGCUGAGAUGGAAGCAUUGUAGGCGACCUUUCCUGAAUUCCGAAGCGUUUUAAACAUAUUUAAAAGUCAUCACUUACCUCAUCAAUUUGAUACAACUCUAUAUUUACUGUUAUCGUGGUUCAAACAAAUAGCUCUUCGCCUAUAGCACAGUAACAUAAUAAAAAUCGCGAUUCAUCGCGAACACAUUUGUUAAGGGAAAGGGAAAUACAUCAAAUCACUGCACCAGGCAUUGAAACAUUGAAAGAUUUUGAUUCAUAUUUCGAAUGACAUUUUUUUGCGAUGCUUUUUUGAAAAAAAAUCUUAUCUGUAACUUAUGCAGUAAUCAAAUGUGCAUCUAUGCGAAACAUAUCAAUAAAUUAAGUUUACGAUUAAAUUCUUUAGAGAAAAACUUUUUUUCUAGAACUAUAAAAAUGUCUGUCACACAACAAGACUAUAAGCUAUUUAUUUUAUUUACGAAAAAUACAUUGUUGAAAAUAUCGUAACCAAAA